UUCACACCACUGCUGUCCGGAUGCCCUCUAGUCACAAAUCCGACGGCUGUUUAGACCAAUCGCCGCCAUUUACUAACCAUUACCCCACACAAACACAAUCCCAAAACGAUCUAGGUUUAAGACCGAAUCAAGCACAAACGCAAACCAGUCCCGAAUACGCCUACAAAUCUAUCACAUCGUUGCCGAAACGACAAUUGUGGCAACGUAGCGCUAGUUGUAGAGAUUUAUACGAUUUUAGUUUCGAGGAUUCGGGACAAGCCAAACGGAGAAUGGUUAAACCGCCAAAACCGGCGGAAAAAACCGAUAACCGAACCUUAGACUCGCCUAUAACGCGAUACGACGACCAUCACGCCAUCUAUAGUACUAGUUCGCGGGAUAGUAGCCUCGAAAUACAUCAAGAUAUCAUGAUGCCCGACCAAAAAGUCUACUCGAGUAGUUACCCCGGAACCACCACUUACUCCCAAGAAUCUAUGGAAGAUCCCGGAAAUUACGACUUGAGAGACUCACAAGACGACCUCUCGCACGACAGUUACGAACUCAUCGAGAAAUCCGACGACGAUUAUAGCACCUCCGGGGACUACAAAUACAAAAAGGGCAAAACGUUAAACACCCGGAGUUGUAGUCUCGACUCCGGGAAUUAUCUCCCGUCAGAUACCGAUUCCGAAAUCGAAAAACGCCACAAAUGCAAAAGUGUUUCAGACGUCCAACAGGACAUUUUCACAAUGGACGAUCCUCGGGAUUUGCCACGUGAAAUAAUCCCGCGUAAAUCCGACGGUAGUUUUUACAAACAGUUCAAAGUUAGUUCACGCACAUCCAGUCAGGAAUCAAAAAGUGACUAUUACGAGUCUAAAACAAAGUCGAGUCGUGAAAGUUUGAAAAAAACUCGUAGUUGUGGUUCACGUGCGUCAAGUCUCGAAUCGAAAAGUGAAUAUUACGAUACCACGUCGAAAAUCGACAAUAAUUAUCAUCACGAUUUUGACCGAAAAAUCACUUUCGAGAGGAAUUACGGGACACAAAAGAAAAUCACUAGUCCUCAAAAAGAAACCUCACACGUGCACUCAAUCAGUUUGCAAAACGUCGAAACCGAGCAAAAUAUCCGAGUUAAUAGACUCUUGGAGCAGAAUACUGUUCCUCGGACGCAUAAAACGACUCAUAUUUGGCCUGAAACCAUCGCUGGGGUCCCGACAGAAAUCCGAACUUGGUCGAAACCCAAUACUCAAAGAUCGACCGAAUCCGAGAGCAAUAUUUUCAGUUUCGACGAGGAUAAAAUCCAAUCGUUGCAGGAUAGUAGUGAUGCGGAUGUGUGUGAUCAUGGUUUUAGUGUCGUUCCGAAUAUUGAUAAGAAGAAAGAAACGAAACGCAAAAUACCGAAGGAGGUUUUCAUGGAGUUUGAGCCUCGACGAAUGCGUGAACCUCUACCUCUGCAUCAGCCCAUCGAACGGACGAAAUCCGAUCCGAAUUCCCUUUCGAGACAACGUUUUAAUUCGAGUUCGAGACGGUUGUUGUUGAUGCAUCAGAAAUCGAUUGAUUUGACACCGGCCGAAUCGAGCGAUGAUGACUAUUUGUAUAAGCAAAUACCGAGCGCUCCUCCUGUUAUGAAAUACAGAGGUACUCAUUUCGAAAUGCCCACGGCCGAGUUUGGCCAUUUCGAUAUCCUCAAACGAGAGAUUGAGGGUCAAAAAACGAAAUUUGAAGUUCCUAAAAGUCAAUUCGAAGUUUUGGGUGCUAAAACACAAUCGGAUUUUAUCAAUCUUCCACCGAAAAGUGACGACAUUCCUUAUGUUUUGCACAAGAGACAUGUCAUGAACGGUACUGCCACUAAAGACGAACAAGUGGAGGAACCACAAGAACCGAUAAAGGAAAAAGAAAAGAAAAUUAAACCAGUCGAAGCAGAACCUUUUCUUUUUACUCAAAACAUUGACUUGUCUAAAGUCGAUCCAAUCACUUUAGAAGUUGACAAAACCGAAAUGCCUGUUCAACACUUGUCUAGUCCCAAAAGAGACAUUACACAUAUCGAUCCAGUGCUCUUAGAGGCUCUCAGUUCGAAAUUGAGCCAAAUCGAGAGUGAUUCACCCACAAGCUCGAAAACCGAAAGUCUCAAACCUCAAAAACUGCUCAAAGAAAAACCGAUAACUAAAGUUGAACCGCCGAAACCCGAACCAGAGAAAAAAGAACCGGAAAAGCCACCAAAAAUCAUCAAAACGGAAACGAAACCGAAACGAGUAAUUAAACCUCGAAUGCAACCCGGUAAAAAGGGAAAAAGUAACAAGACAAAAGUUCGAAUAACUUCGUUCAGUUCCGAUGACGAAUCGUUGGAUUCCGAUGAUGUUUUUGGGAGUGCUGAAGCGACUCCAACUCGAAUUGAAUUCUCACCGCCUCAAAUGCGAAAAGAAAUGGAAUCGAUAUUGAAAUUCGAGUCGGAAAGAAAAUAUUUGCAGUAUACAAUGUCGUCGACGGAAGUUGAAGGUUCACCACCUCAAACACGCAAAAAGACCGAAAAAACAUACGACAAUGGACUAGAUCCGAAUGUUCAACCGGAAUUGAGGAGGAUCUCCGAACGCUCAUUUUCCAUACCAAGCUCUGAAGAUGAUCUCAAUAUUAAAACAGCCGACUUGCAGCCAGUUUUCGCCGAACCAGUGCAAGAAAUUGAAAAAGAAGAAAUAGAGGAAGAAUUAGACAAAACUGAAGUUAAUUUAGACGAAGAAAGGGAAAAGGAAAAGUUGCUACUUCAAGCCGAGAUUGAAAAUGAUAUAAAGAAUCUCAAGGUGCCUCCGAAAACGAAAAUAACCGAAAUUACAUCACCUUCAUUGAGGAAAAAGGGCCAAAGCCCACUACUGUUUGCACACGCGAGGUUGAAUCUAUCCGAAGGUUCGGCGUUUACUCUUCUUCAGAAACAACAAGCAACGGAAUCACCUCUUUCAGGUCGUAGAGCAAAAAGUUUAGACGCUCCUGUCAUACCUGUUAGUAGAUUACCACCACUUAAUGCCUUUUCAAGCAAAGAUGAUACAGUCGAAGAAGAGCAAACUCAUACAGAUGUUAAUGAAAGUGAAGUCGAAGAAAUAAUUGUCGAACCGAUAAAACCACCACAAGAACCUGAACCUAAGGUUAUAACCGAAAAACGACCGAUUAAACCAAUACCCAAAGAAAGAGAUCAGAUAGUACCAGAUGUGACCAAAGCGAAAAAAGCACCAAAACCAACACCAUCAUCGAAAACACCCCAGAAAACAAGCAAAGGAAAACCAAUACCGGCGCAAAGAACUACCUCCUUGAAGGAAAGCACGAAAAGUCCGAAAGAAAAAGCACCGAAAACAGCAACGAAACCACCUAAACCGGCACCAAAAACCGCUGUUGUUAGUAAAAGUGGACCCAAAGUGAUCAGUUCAAAAGUAACACUAGAGGAAGCUCCUGAAAAACCCGUUCCAUCGGAAGUAAAAAGAACGAAAAGUCAAGAAGGUGAGUCUAAGAAAGUUUUACCCAAAGAAAAAGCCAAGUCUUUGGAAAAGCUCGAACUGAAGAGAGUUUCAAGUAAAGAACGGACGAAAUCGCAAGAUGAAAGCGAAGAAGACAUAGCGAAACGAAAAGAAAAGCAACAAAUGUUAUAUGAGACUGCGAUCAAACAGACGAAGACUUUGAAAAGUCCCGUCAAAGACACACUUCCUGUGUUUCCUCAAGUCGAGGAAAUGGUUCGAGAACGACACGGGAAAUUGGAAAUUAGUAUAAAUACGAUCGAGAAUAACAAAGUUUCCCUAGAAGAAGCAAUAAUCAUAACAAAGUCGCCCAAAAAACUCGACAAGAAAUUAACUAAAAGUCUUGAGUUGAAUCUCACAAACGAUGAGGAGAAUUCUGAUGAGAAACCGAUGCAAAGGUUGGGAAAAAGUCUCGAUUUGGACAAUCGCCCCAAAAUGGAAGAGAAAAGAAUAUUUGAUUUUCAAACCGAUUCGGUCAAAAUGGAGGAAACUUCUCCCGAAUGCGGAUUAGUCCAAGAAAUCGUCAAGGCUGAAGUCCACAAAGAAAGUAGCGACGUUGACGAACCCCACGAAAAUAUCAUUCUCGAAGGGACAAGCCUCGACGUUUGGUUAUCAGUCGACGGAGAAAAAACUCUCGAAAACAUCAAACUUAUACAAAAAUCGGACGAUUUUUUUGAACAACGAGCGUCAACCAAACCACCCGAUUUGGGUAAAAUGGACGCGAAAAGUUCGUCCGAUUCGCAAAGCAUCGAAAAGACGAGUUUAGGAAAUUCUCUGGAUAUUAAAUAUAUCGAUGAUUCGGGCGAUUCGAGUCACAAGUCGGAACAGGACGCUCAAUUGAUUGCAGAAAUGCAGAAAGCUUCAGAAACUGUGUCGAAAUUCUUGCGGAAGAAAUUCGAAAAGAAGAGACUUGCAGCUCAGAAGGAAAUACCGGAAAAUAUCGUCCGGAUAACCAGUGAAGACGAGUCAUUGACCGAAGUUAGUGAUUUGAAAUGUGAGCCUCAAGAAGUCGAUUCGAAUCUUUUAGCUGUUGAAGAUGGUCAUAAAGACGCUUUACUCAAGCUUAGUAUUGAAAGGAGUAGGUCUGAGGAUACUGGAUCGUGGAUGACUGUCGAAUGUGAUGAGUUCUAUGGUGCUGAGGAGUCUUUUGAUUACGACCAAGCACCGUUGGAGACACCGGAAAAAGUUUGUGUUGAAGGGGGGGAACAAGAAGUUAAGUCACCUAGUGAACCUAAUCUUCUUACUGCCGUUUUAAAACACAGUAAAUUAGAUAUGUUGAAACGAAGUUCAGACCAGUCGAGGUCUAGUGAUACGACAGGUUCUUGGACUAGUGGCGAAAAAGACCCAAGUCCAAGUAAUAUAAAAGAGACUGAUGAUUCUAGUGUUAGUUGUGCGAUAGGUCGCUCGGUUGGUUUCAGUCAAAUAAUCGAAAAAUUUGCAAGUAAGGAACAAUUAGAUAAAGAUUCACCGGAAAGUGAGCCUCCGAAAAGUCCUCGAAGCCCUCGAAGUCCCCGAAUUUGUGUCCUCGGACGUGCCUUUACAAUCGACGAAGAAUCACCACAUAAAUACGAAGAAUCAAGCUCUGAUGAAGCACAUGAUAUACCCAAAGACCUAACACCGGUCCAAGAAGAAACCAAUGGAGUUAAAUACAAGAAAACUCCUUAUCCUUUUGAGGAAAAGUGGUCCACUGAUUCCGAAUUGAGUCAACGUCUCCAUCAAAAAAUCACAAAAAAGUUAUCGGGAGAUAAGAGUAGUAUGUCAUCGGUUGAUGAACCGAAAAAUCUCCACUCUUUUGAUAGACUUUCAGUGGAGUCCCGAAACUCGGUCGAUACCGAAUCGAGUUCGGGUAGUCUCGGUGCUGCGGCUCGUAUGCAAAAAUCCAACGAUAUACCAAAAGAAUUGAGUUCGACUUGGCGACCAUUUCCUCUUGACAGUUCCGGUUCUGAAAGUUUCGACGAUGGUCUCCUCCCUCCCGAUCAAGAACCCACGGAAAAACAGGAAUAUUUCCUCGCUGCUCGUGAAAGUUCGGGUGAUUUCGCAUCACUAACUGACGUUUGUUAUAAAUCCGAAGAUGUGACACCGACUCGAGACGAUACGGAACUACCCGAAGACUUGGUAAACUUUCAGGCGAAUUUCGGUUAUCCUUGUUUGACUUCUGGUACUUUAUCUAUCGCUCUCAGUUCUGGGGGUGGUUUUUUAUCGCGAACUUUGUCACGAAUAUCCGAACGUAGUACCAAUUCGGAGAAAUCUAGUCUGGAAGAGGAUUCAACCAAAGGUAGUACUCAGAGUGAUAGUUUGAAUGACGAAUCAAUGGCGUCGAGUAAUCCACAAGUGAGUUUGAGUUCGGAUCCGCCAAGUCACGCCCAUUUCAGCGAAGAGAAGAAAACGCCGACCAAUGAGAAAGUACCAAGUCCGAAGGAAAUACCCAGUUUUGAGCAUACACCAAUCAGUAGUUUGUUGCAACGACAGAUUUCCGAUGAUAGACGAACGUCAGCGGAAAUGGCCGAAUUGUCAAUGGACGAUAUUGAAAUUCUAACGUCGGAACGUGGAUUGAAAUUGAGGAGGCAAGGCUCCGAUGAUACGAUUAUAGAUGAGGAAUGUUUUGAACCAAUGGACACCAAGGAUAAAAAUCAGUCAAGUAGUCAAGAGAGUGAGGAAUGGCCUUUACCAGAUAUACCCCAACAAGACAAGAGUACAUUAUUAGCAAUGCAUGAAGUACCAAGUUCUGAUACAUCACAACAAACCACUCAAGUGUUUCAACCUCCUAGAACAAAUAUCCCUAAAGUAUUCGGUUUGAGGGGAUCACUGAAGAGUCAGGAUUCGGAGCAAUGGCCAAGCCCACCCUCAAGUGUUGUAGAACAACCAAUAGUCGGUAAUGUAGAAACCUAUUAUGUGACACCGCCCGAAGAAGCAUGUAAAGUAACAAUUGACUCAAGUACCGUAAGUACUUACGACAACGAUUCCAAUUCUGAUGAAAAAACAUCAGAAUUAGACGGUGAUAAAACCCACACUUACGAAAAUGUCGCAACUGAACAUAUCAGUGAAAGUAUUUCUGAAAGUCUCAGUGUUGGUGCUAGUGGUAUUAAGAUCGUACUCGAUACGAAAUCGCAAGAUUCCAAUUCUGAUGAAGAUUUAAACAUUUCGAAUUUAAAUGAUGAUGUUUUUACUGAUACUAUUGACACUUCUAAGAAUGAAUUAAGACCGCCCACUGUAAUGAGACGAAGUACUACUUCAGAUGAUUCGUCUCAUUCUCACUCGGGUGGUACCAAAAACGGGUUAAAACCACAACAGAAGGGUUCCCAAGGUUCGUAUUCCGAGGAGGAGUGUACGAGUUCUAUGGGUACUACUUUAGAGGAUGGUACCGUUCGUUAUGCUUUUAAACCGGCGAAAUGUACCCAUAGUUCACACUCUGAAGACACAUCGAUUGCUUUAAGUCUUUCAGAAUGGUCCAACAGUACCAAUACUGUCAAAUUUCAAAACUUGUCGAGUAAUAGUGGUACCAAAAGUAGUUCCGGUUUAAAAAGUGACGAUAAUUCCUUAACAGAUAUUGCUCAAUCAAUUUCAGAGUGGUCGAGUAGUAAUAGUAAGCAACAACAAAGUACCAGUUUGCAGUUUCAAAAAUUAUCAUCGACUUCGACCGGUGAUAGUACUUUAACUGAUUUGAUUCCAACGAUUUCGGAAUGGUCAAGUUCGGACACUUCAAAAACAUUGGUACCUCAACAGUUUUACCAAACGACUCAAAGUGUGACCAGAUUAGGGUCAAGUGUCGACGAUGGUGACCACAAAGGUCUCCCAAGUCCCAAAAAUAUCCCAUCUGAGGAUUUAGCCCAACUGACUUGUGGUUUAAGUCCUCGAGAAAAUAAAUAUUUCAAAUCAACAGAACGACCUGUGGUUAUCCCAAUACAAACUCACUCCGAUACGGAAAAAUCGAGUAGUUCAAUUGAACAAAAAACCGUUCACACUCAACGCUACGACAAGGAGAAACAGAAAUACAUGCAGAAACAUCAACCGUCGAAAAGUACCGAACGACCAGUCAAAGUACCACUCAAACUAUCCAAAUGUUCGCCUUACUAUUCGAGCAGUUUGAGUUCGGAGUCGACUCCUUUAGCGAGUACCAGUCCUAUUCCCAUGAGUAAAACUGCGACGGUACCACUGACUCGCGGGCAUAGAAAACCCGUUUCGAAGAGUCUCUUCCAGGCUAAAAGUCCCCCAAGUGAGAACGACUCGACGAGUUCGGUGGAAUCCCCCAAAAGUAAAUCGGAUCGUGACCGUCGCGGUUACAGACGUCGCAAAUCGCAGACUCAAAGACGCCAAAAACUCGAAAAGGAACACCAUAGUGUCGAUGAGUACUACUAUGAGGAUUACGGGUACCAAGCGAUGGGGGCGGAAAGCCCCCUUUUGCACUACUCGGAGAAUUUAGAAGAGGGGUAUUUGCCCGAUGGCGAUUCACAAUCGGGUUCUGAUAUUUUUCGGAUGGAGAAGGACGACGAUGGGUACGACCUCGCGGAAGGUUUCGACGUCUCCUCGAUUCCUCCACCUCUCCUCGAAGAUGAUUUCGAAGAGGAACAUUCGCCGCAAAUUUGAUUUUAAUGUGAUUGAGUUUUGGUCGGGGUAUCGUUUCGUUCUAAUGGCAUUGGUUGUUAUAAUUCUAGUGUUGUUUUUCGAACUUGUCAUUUUGAAUUUUUUGAUUUUUGUUGAUUUUUUUCCUUUGUGCUAUUGAAGGUGCCCCGACGAGUGGUCUUAUAAUCAAAUAUUUGGGUUUCUGGCUGUGCCGAAUUGACUUUGCUCAUGCGAGUAGGAUAGGGUUUAAAAUUUUGAAACGAAGGUGCCAAAAUACGACGCCAAAUUUUGGCUAUUGGAACUGGUUUUGCGUUUGUCGAAUACGCACAAUUGUACCAAUGGUCAUUUAAUCACACAUGCAAGUCACCGAAGACUGAAAAUAAUUUGUAUAUAUACAUUGUGACGUACAGAAAAUCAAACAUUUAACACUAUAUACUUCAUUCGGGUGUUUGUCAUUUUUGCCAAUUCUACGAUGUUACCCCUUUUUAUUUACUCACCAAAAUGUGAUCUAUGUGAUAGUUGCCUUUUGCUUUUUAUCCCAAAAGGCAAUUCCAACGUUAUUCGCCAAUUUUUUGCAGUUUUGUGCAUCGUUUUUUGUAGUGUUUCAUUUUAAUCAUUUAAGCCAAUGAAAAGUGCCAAAGCGGGAUUUUUCGAAAAACACUCCAUCUUUGAAUAAUUAGCGAAAUUUAUCUUUAACAGAAUCUAUUAGAAACUCAAAAAAUGUACCGGGUGACUAUAAAUGAUUGUUUUUUUACCUCAAAUGUCAAACUUUUAUUCAUUUGUAACGGGUGAUUGCCGGUUUAGCCGUCACCUGAAACAUUCUGAAACAACAAAUUAAUUAAUUUUUUUAAUUCAAUUUUUUGUUACAAACAUUAAUAGUCACCGCUUAAGUGGUAAUGCAAAAUUUCCCUAAAUAAACCAAAAUAAGAGAGAACACUACAUGAGAAGAUGCAUAACUCCUUGUCCUAGUAUAAAAUCCACUUUUAGACAUAAUUCUAGCUUUGCUAAAGUAAGCUUGAAACGGUGAACAAAUCGGGCUUUUAGCCAUUUAUUUCAGCUUAUUGUUGUCUAAUUAUGUCGAAGAGUGUUUAUAUUAUUGUAAAUAUUGUGACCCAUUUGUUGAAUAAUUAAAUCUUUUAAAAUGCGGUAAAUAUUUUAUGAUGGUUUCACAGACGAAUUGCUGAGUCGACGGUCUAAUGAUUUAAAUUAUUCCAAUUUUGUGUUCCCGAUCGAGUACAAGAGGGAUUUUUGUAAAUAUUGUUUUUUGAUUUCGUUACGAAUAGGCCUAACUACGCAUUUGUAAUAAUUCGAAAGGUGUUGUAGUCAAUAAUACGAUUUUUCUCCAUUUUACGUUUUUGUGAUAUUUAUAAUUAUGAUAGACGAGUAGAAUUAGGGUUAGUUGGAGACAAAUGUUAAUGUUUGUUUUGUUGAAAUAUUUGUUGAUUAUUAUGAUGCUCAAAGCAUGUAAAACCAUGAAUUUAAUUACGUAGAGAAGGAAAUCCAUGCUGUGUACAAUCAUCAUUUAUUUCAAAUUAAAAACUGUAAUCAUUUCAUUGGAAAUAAAACACAAUUUGCUUAAAUCGCUAACUUUAUUGCUUUUAAUGCUUUUACUAACAAGGGAAUUGAGGUGAGGAGUUGCAUGCCGAUUAAUAUAACGUAAAUUUUUCCCAA